AUGACCAAAUAUGCUUCGUUUCUAUCAUGGUACAAGGCAAAGCUCGACAGUCAUCCUCUAUUGACCAAAGGAAUCACCAGUGGUGUGAUCUGUGCCACCGGUGAUGGCCUCUGUCAGUAUUUGUCGCCACCACCUCAAAAAAGCUCUGAUGAAACAACUACCUUUGACUACUGGCGCAGUUUUCGGUUCUUUGUCAUGGGAAGCCUUUGGGUAGCGCCUUGCACACACUAUUGGUACAGCUUUUUGAACCUUCGCCUCUUUCCGGGACCCAGCACAUUGGUCACGGUUUCGAAACGGGUUCUGGUCGAUCAAUUUGGCUUUGCCGUGCUCUUUCAACCCAGUUUCAUGAGUCUUCUCUGGUUCAUGGAAGGGAGGAAUGGUACUCAAAUACAAGAGCAGCUAGUGCAAGUUGUUCCAACUGUCUUGGUGGCCAAUUGGUCUCUUUGGAUACCCGCCAUGAGCAUUAACUUUGCGUACGUGCCGGUCCAAUUUCAAGUCUUGUUUGGGAAUGUGGUGGCUCUACUUUGGAAUACCUAUUUGAGCUACAAAUCAGCCCAAUCAUCCGACGACAACAGUUAA